CACGCUUGGCGGGGGGAAGCUGAGCGAAUGAUCCAUCCAGGGAAGGAAGAUGGUGGAACAAGCGGCGUGGUUUCCCGGCAAGGCAACGACCGACCCCGUCAUUAGUCCACAGCAGGGAGACGCAACCCGGCCCGAAGACGCUUCCUGAUAGCCGCCCGUGUCGGCCAUGCCCCAGCCACGGUCACGGCGCGGCGACAGAGCCCGCAGGGGCGCCCGAGGAGCCCGAAGCAGUGCCAAGAUGGAUUCCCAGGCCAGUGAUGACGACGCAGCUAGUGAAGUGCUGAGUCACUGCAGCAGUGCCAAUGAAACUGCUAGUAUAGCAGAGGAAGUAACAGGAGGUGAGGCAGUUGAUGAGCAAGCACAGGAAGAGGAAAUGGAAGAUAAGCUGAAAGAGUGCAUUGACAACGUGAUGGACAAGAGUGCCAAGACACGACAGGUGGCUCUACAGAGCCUGCGGCUCGCAUUUUCCUCCAAGAUACUCUUUGACUUCCUCGUAGAACGUAGGCUCACCGUGACGGACUCCUUGGAGAAGUGCCUGAAAAAAGGUAAAGGGGAGGAACAGUCCCUUGCUGCUACUGUUCUUACGCUACUGUGCCUUCAGAUGGGCUCGGGGCCUGAGGGGGAGGAGGUGUUCUGCAGCCUGAGACCCCUUCUUAUUAGCAUCCUGACAGACUCCACCGCCAGUCCAGUUGCUCGGCAAAGUUGUGCCACUGCUCUUGGGAUGUGCUGCUAUAUCGCUGCAGCAGAUGUGGAGGACCUGGUUUCCUGCCUUGCAUGCCUAGAGGGCAUCUUUGGGUCCUCCUGCAGCAAGGAGGCCAGCUCUGAGCCCUCUCACCACAGCCCUCCGCUCCAGGUCUUGCAUUGCAAUGCCCUCCAGUCCUGGUCCCUGCUCCUCACCAUCUGCCCAAGCACCCAGAUCAAGAAGAUCCUGGACAAUCACUUACCUACAUUGCCUCUGAUGCUGUCCAGUGAUAAUGUCAAUCUUCGGAUUGUGGCAGGUGAAACAAUUGCACUGCUCUUUGAACUGGCCCGGGACACGGAGGAGGAUUUUUUCUAUGACGAAACAGACCUGCUGUGCACAAAGCUGAAAGCCCUGGCCACUGACAGCAACAAAUACCGGGCCAAGACAGACCGGCGAAAGCAACGCUCCAUCUUUCGGGAUGUGCUGCACUAUAUUGAGAAUGGGGAGUGCCAUGAGGAGACCAUCAAGUUUGGCCUGGAAUGCAUGUAUGUGGACAGCUGGGCAAGGAGAAGAACAUACAAUGCCUUCAAAGAAGCACUUGGCUCUGGAGUCCGGCACCACCUGCAGAACAACGAGUUGCUGCGUGAGGUAUUUGAACUUGGCCCCCCGCUUGUGCUAGAUGCUGCAGCCAUCAAAGCCAGCAAAAUCUCACGCUUCGAGAAGCAUCUGUACAAUUCAGCUGCUUUCAAGGCUAGGACAAAAGCAAGGAGCCGCGUUCGAGAUAAGCGAGCAGACAUCCUUUGAGUGAACUCUGCUUCCUGUUUGCCUUCCGUCAAGCCAAUGAACUACAGACCCGGACCACUGUGAACAUGAGGGGUGGGGGAUACCUGGGGCAAGGGACC